AUGCAGCACAACAGCACGGUUCUUGUGCAUCCCGCGUCAGGGACCAGCCUCCUGCCCAAGCUGGCCAUCAAUGAGGCCGAGCUCCGAGACCCGGCCACAUGCGCCGCCGCUCCCUUGUGCUCGGCGCUGCAGGAGGACGCCACCCUCCGGGUCAUGCUGUCGCUCUUCCUCCCCGGUUUGCGCCUCGAGUCCCAGGCCAUCAAGGCACAGCACAACACGGGGGGCUGCUUCCCCAUCCACACUGACAGCGACUUUGGGGUGGACGGGCGGUGCAUCACUGCGAUCGCAUACCUGAACCCGGGGUGGCAACCCUGGCAGGGAGGGGAGCUGAGGCUCUACCCCUGGCCCUCGGAGGCGGUGGACAUCGCACCCCUGAACGACAGGCUGGUCCUGUUCAGCUCCAAGACCAUGCUGCACAGGGUCUUGCCAUCACGGGCAGCAGACCGCUACUGCUUCACCAUGUGGCUGUCAGAGGGGCGGAGCCAGGCCCGACCCCCGACCCCACUCCAGCCCGAGGUGGGGACGAGCGAGGAGGCAUGGAGGCGCCUCGUCCACCCAUCGCUGAGGAAGCACGCGGCGCGGUGGUGGCUGAGGGAUGAGUGGGCCGCCAGCCUGGAGCAGGCGCACCCACCCUCCCCUGCCCGCGAUGCCUUGCUGGAGGGGUUCUGGGGGGAGUUGGGCAUUAUUGAGCGCGUGGUCAAACCCCUGGUGGACCGGGCACAGCCGCCUGGGCCGCCCGUGACGGAGUGGCUGUGA